AUGGCCGCCAUCACCGCAUCUCCGUCACCCACCACUCUUCCUUGUCCAAAUAUGUCGACAAACCCUCUUUCGCCUCCUUCAAAACCCUCCACAAAACUCAAUCCUUCACUCUCACUCACAAAAUCCAUUCAAAAACUUCCGCAAAAAAACAAGUCUGCAACGUCAUUACAUUACGAGAAUCCUACUAAGAUGAACAAAACUCCAUCUUUAACGAAUACGACAUUGAUAAACCCUGCGAAGAGUGUGGCAUCGUUGGAAUCUACAGCGACACAGAAGCCUCUUGUCUCUGCUACCUCGCCCUCCAACAUCGCGGCCAAGAAGACGAUGGAAUCGUCGUCGCUACUCCCGACGGCAUUCUCAAAUUCUUCACCGGCGUCAGCCUCCUCUCCGAAGUCUUCAACCAGUCAAAACUUAACCAACUCCUCAGCGAUAACGCCAUUGGCUACGUCCGUUACUCCACCGUCGACCAAUCCAUGCUAA